AUUUAAAUGAAAAUCAAUUGAAAGUCAACAACAAAAGCCUAAGACAUCGUUGAUGUCAUUCACGAGGAAUAACGUGAUUCUGAUCGGAGAGACAGGUGUCGGGAAGACAUCACUGUUGCGGCGAUUCAUUGAUAAUGUCUUCACUGGGAAUGAGAUGCCAACACAUGGAGUGGCGUUUCGCUCAGUCGACUAUAACUAUGAUGGCCUGCAGUUGAAGAUCGCUAUUUGGGACUCAUCUUCAUUACCACAGUAUAGACAAGUGUCACGUCUUUACUAUAAGGACGUGUCCGCAGCCCUUAUUGUCUAUGAUGUGAGCGAUAGGGCCUCUUAUGAGCGGACAAACUACUGGAUUAACGCAAUUAGAGAGCAUUCAAAUAUAAUUAAAUACAUAGCGAUUGUGGGCAAUAAACUAGAUCUGAGGGACCGAUGGGAGGCCCGACACGUGACCAGACGGGAGGGUCUGGAGUUCGCGAACCGGAAGAAUGUCGAGUUUGUCGAGUGUUCGGCUAAAGUGGACAUUAAUGUCGCCGAACUGUUC